AUGGUCAAUCUGCCAUUCAUCAGAUCAAUAAUCGAUGAUUUGGAUUUCAUCCAACGAAGAUUUGUGAACCAACUUCCUCUCAUCAUCAUUAUUCUCGGUCUCAUUGGAUUUAUUGGCAAUCUUUUCACAUUUCUUCAACCAACCCUUCGACAGAACUCAAUUUGUAUCCAUACACUCUCAGCAUCGUUUAUUGACAUCAUUAAUCUGUUCAUCAACCUGUUUCCACUAUACUUGAAUCCAUCUACAGGAAAUCUCGCUGCAUCCAUCACCAACAGAUCAUUAUGUAAAUUGAAACUCUUUGCUCUGGUAUUUUUCCCUCAAUUAUCAUUAAAUCUGUUGAUAAUGUCCCUGAUUGAUCGGUAUGCCUGCACUUUCGGUCCAACAUCUUCAAUGUCUCGACUACUUCAAUUGAGAACGGUACCAUGGAUGAUUUUCAUCACCAUCAUCAUCAGCUGUAUCAUGUCAUUAUAUCCCAUUAUUUUAUAUGAUGUUCUUCCUGGUUUCGGUUGUGGUUCGAUGAAUCCAACAAUCAAUGCAAUUAUUUAUAUAGGCAUUCAUGGGAUCAUGACACCCAUUAUCAUGUUGAUCUUCGUACUUCUCACCUACCGAAAAAUCAUACAAAGGCGACAGCGAAUUGGAGCGAUGUUGGUCGCAAGUCAGAAUCGUUAUCGCAAUCAGUUUAUUGCAAUGAUAUUUGCUCAAGUGUCUGUCACUAGUUUCCUUGUGCUUCAAUGGAUGGGGAUGUACUCGUAUUUUUGGAUAACAAAAAAUACGGUUAAGAGCGCGGAGGAUUGGGCAAUUAUUUACUUUCUGUUGAGUUUAACCAACAAUCUCUACUAUUUUAUCAAUGUGAGAUCGUUCUAUCUAUCAACAUUGACAUCUCGUCUCUUUCGGCAGGCGAUGUUUGCAGGUUUCUUAAAAUUAUUCCGUCGAACAUUUCAUUGA